AUGCCUUCCCCCAGCCCCCUCGUUCUCCUGGCUCUCUCUGCUUCCUGCCUGGCCACCCCGGCCCACCCCGAUGGACUGUUCCCAGGCCAGGGUCCCUUGGCUCCCCCCUACGCUGUGGUCCUCAUCUCCUGCUCUGGACUCUUGGCCUUUGUCUUCCUCCUCCUCACCUGUCUCUGCUGCAAACGGGGGGAUGUUGGCUUCAAGGAGUUUGAGAACCCAGAAGGAGAAGAGUGCUCGGGAGAGUAUACACCCCCUGCGGAGGAGACUUCUUCCUCUCAGUCACUGCCCGAUGUCUACAUCCUUCCGCUGGCUGAGGUCUCCCUGCCGAUGCCGGCUCCCCAGCCUGCCCGGUCAGACCUGGGCACCCCUCUGGGCCUGAGCCGUCAGCACCUCAGCUACCUGCAGGAGAUCGGCAGCGGCUGGUUUGGGAAAGUUAUUCUGGGGGAGAUCUUCUCAGAUUUCAGCCCAGCCCAGGUGGUGGUGAAGGAACUGAGGGUCAGUGCUGGACCACUGGAGCAGCGGAAGUUUCUCUCAGAGGCUCAGCCUUACAGGAGCCUGCAUCACCCCAACGUCCUCCAGUGCCUGGGGCUGUGUGCUGAGACUCUUCCUUUCCUUCUCAUUAUGGAGUUCUGCCAGCUGGGAGAUCUGAAGCGCUACCUGAGGGCCCAGAGGCCCCCAGAGGGCCUGUCCCCUGAGCUACCUCCCCGAGACCUGCGCACCCUGCAGAGAAUGGGCUUGGAGAUCGCCAGAGGGCUGGCCCACCUGCAUGCCCAUAACUACGUGCACAGUGACCUGGCUUUGAGGAACUGCCUUGUGACCUCUGACCUCACGGUGCGAAUUGGGGACUAUGGUCUCUCUCACAGCAAUUACAAGGAAGAUUAUUACCUGACCCCUGAGCGCUUGUGGAUCCCGUUGAGGUGGGCCGCGCCUGAACUUCUGGGGGAGAUCCACGGGACCUUCAUGGUGGUGGACCAGAGCAAGGAGAGCAACGUGUGGUCACUGGGGGUGACGCUGUGGGAGCUGUUUGAGUUUGGGGCACAGCCCUAUCGCCACCUCUCCGAUGAGGAGGUGCUGGCUUUCGUGAUCAGGCAGCAACACGUCAAGCUGGCACGACCCAGGCUAAAGCUGCCCUAUGGAGACUACUGGUAUGAUGUCCUCCAGUCUUGCUGGCGCCCCCCUGCCCAGCGCCCCUCAGCCUCUGACCUGCAGCUGCAGCUAACCUACCUUCUCUCUGAGCGGCCCCCCAGACCUCCGCCACCCCCGCCACCCCCCCCACCCCGGGACGCGCCCUUCCCCUGGCCCUGGCCGGCCCCUCCUGCCCCACCAAGGCCCUCGGCCCUCUCCUCGCCCUUCCCCCUCCUCGAUGGCUUUCCGGGGUCUGAUCCUGAUGAUGUCCUUACUGUCACUGAGAGCAGCCGUGGCCUCAACCUCGAGUGCCUGUGGGAAAAGGCAAGGCGAGGGGCUGGACGUGGCGGGGGUGGCGGGUCGGCUCCCUGGCAGCCGGCCUCUGCCCCGCCUGCUCCCCAGGCUGUCCCUUCUAAUCCUUUCUAUGAGGCCCUGGCCACCCCCAGUGUCCUCCCGGUCAUCAGUGCCCGGAGCCCCUCUGUGGGCAGCGAGUACUAUAUCCGCCUGGAGGACCAUGGCUCCCCCCCAGAACCCCUCUUUCCCAAUGACUGGGACCCCUUGGAUCCAGGCGUUCCGGCCCCCCAGACCAACCCGGCUCCUGCUGAGGUCCCCCAGCUUGUGGCGGAGACCUGGGCCUCCCCGCUUUUCCCCCCUCCACGGUCAUUCCCCUCGAAGGCAUCAGGUAGCUUCCUGCUUAGUGGCUGGGACCCCGAGGGCCGGGGAGCAGGAGAGACCCUAGCUGGGGACCCUGCAGAAGUUUUGGGGGAGCGAGGCACAGCCCCCUGGGGGGAGGACGAGGAAGAGGAGGAGGGGGAAGAGAGCUCCCUGGGGGAGGGGAGCAGCAGUGGGGGGCGCCGAAGCCGCCGGGGCCCUCUCCCCUGCCCGCUCUGUAGCCACGAGGGGCCUUGCUCCUGCCUCCCACUCCAGCGAGGGGAGAUGGUGUCUGGCUGGGGGGGCCACCCGGCCCUGGGCUGCCCCAACCCCCCCGAGGAUGACUCCUCGCUAAGGGCUGAGCGGGGGUCAUUAACUGACCUCCCCUUGCCCCCCCCCUCUUCGGCCCCCCCCGAGUUCCUGGACCCCCUAAUGGGGGCGGCGGCGCCCCAGUACCCCGGGCGGGGGCCACCCCCGGCCCCCCCCCCCCUGCCGCCGCCACCUCCCACCCUGCCCCCUCCUCCCGCUCGGGCUCUCCCAGACCCAGCAGAAUCACCCGAUGCCCCCUCGGGACUUGGCAGCCCAGGAUCCGGCCUCUCGUCUCCGGGCCCCAAGCCGGGGGACAGCGGCUACGAGACGGAGACCCCCUUCUCCCCCGAGGGGGCGUUCCCAGGUGGGGGGGCAGCCGAGGAGGAGGGGGUCCCUCGGCCCCGGGCUCCCCCCGAGCCACCCGACCCGGGAGCCCCCAGACCACCCCCCGACCCGGGCCCUCUCCCAGGCUUCCUGGUGCAGGUGAGCACAGAGCAGCUCCUGUUGUCCUUGAGGGAAGACGUGACCCGCAACGUAUUGGGGGAGAGGGCAGCCCCAGCAAAGGCAGGGAGGGCCCUUCAGGGCCCCCAGACUGUAGGCCAGGCAGUCCCAGGAAACAGGGAGAAAGUCCUGGGCCAUGCAGGAAGGGCAGCCCCAGGGAGCAGGGAGAAAAUGCCAGAGAAUGGGGAGCCGACAUCCCCAGGGAGCAGGGAGAAAAUGCCAGAGAAUGGGGAGCAGAGGCCCCCAGGGAGCGAGGACAUGGUGCUGGAGAAUGGGGAGCAGAGGCCCCCAGGGAGCCGGGAGAUGCUGCUGGGGAACGGGGGCCAGACACCCCCAGGAAGCAGAGAGACAGUGGUGGAGAACGGGGUGCAGGGACCCCCAAGGAGCGGGGAGAAACCGCAGGAGAAUGGGGUGCAGAGACUCCCAGGGAGCGGGGAGAAGGUGUCAGAGAAUGGGGGACAGAGACUCCCAGAGAACAGGGAGAAAGUGCUGGAGAAUGGGGUACAGAGACCCCCAGGGAAUGGGAAGAAAAUCCCCGAGUGUGGGGAGCCAGUCCAAGGGAUCCAGGAGGAGAGAGCCCUAGGGAAUGGGGAGAGGUUUCUGGAGAAUGGGGAGCAGCAAGUCCCAGGGAGCCCGGCCAGGACCCCGGGGAACGGCGAGCCAGUCCCCAGGAGUGGAGGGCAGGCUCGCGGGAGCGGGAAGAGAGCCCCACCCGGGCCUGGGAGACUGGGCCCCGAGAAUGGGCUCCAAGCUCCGGGGGGCCAAGGGAAGGCCCCAGACGCAGGACCCGCAGGCGGCGGGGACGGAGGAGCCGUGCCCCCCGGCGAGAUGAGGCUGGAGCUGCGGAGGCCGGAACUAGCUCUUCCCCUGCCCCGGGAGCCACCGGCACCCGUGGGAGACGCCGGGGACCCAGGCGCCCCGGCAGACGGCGCCGUGGAAACCGGCGGAGACGGGGACCCCCCCCAUCUGGGGAGGAAGGGCCCCGAGAUGCCUCGGCUCUUCCUGGAUUUGGGCCCACCACCGGGGAGCAGCGAGCAGAUCAAAGCCAAGCUGUCUCGCCUGUCGCUGGCCCUGCCUCCGCUCUCUCUUACCCCGUUCCCGGGGCCGGGCCCUCGACGGCCCCCCUGGGAGGCUGGGGACGCCGGGGUCCCUGGCGCGGAGUCCGGCGGCCCGGGGGCCUUGGGGCUGGUGGAGGACGGGGAGGACGAGGAGGAGGAGGAGGACGACGGGGCGGCCGUGGGGGAGGGCGAGGAGGCGGCGGCCCGGGGCCCUGGGAGGGGCCGGGCAGCCCCGGUGCCCAUCGUGGUGAGCAGUGCCGACGGGGACCGGAGCCGCCCGCUCCGGGGGCUCCUCAAAUCGCCCCGAGGGGCCGACGAGGCCGAGGAGAGCUUGGAGCUGGACCGGAAGCGCAAGAUGGUCUCCUUUCAUGGGGACGUGACCGUCUACCUCUUCGACCAGGAGACCCCGACCAACGAGCUGAGCGUCCAGGCUCCCCCCGAGGGGGACCCGGACCCUUCGACACCCCCAGCCCCGCCGACACCUCCCCAUCCCCCCAGCCCUGGAGAUGGGUUCCCCGACAGCGGCUUCGGAGGCAGUUUCGAGUGGGGGGAGGAUUUCCCCCUGCUCCCCCCACCAGGCCCCCCACUCUGCUUCUCCCGCUUCUCCGUCUCACCUGCACUGGAGACCCCAGGGCCGCCGGCCAGGCCACCCGACGCCGUCUGCCCCGCAGAAGGGCAUCAUGGGAGUAGGCGAGGGCAGAGUGGGCAGGCCGGUCUGGCCACUCUGGCCAGAGCACAUGGAGUAGCAGGACCUGACCGAGCCCGCGGCUGGCAGAGGGCCAUGAGCAUCGUGAUGCCCCGUGGAGAACUGAUGCCCCGAGGCCCUCACCUCCCGGGCCCCCACCCACCAGGCCCCCCCGAAGAGGGGGCCAGAGGAGAUGGAGACAGAGUCACUGAGUUGGGAGAGGCUCCUGAGGCUGGGCCCCAGCCCACAUCACCUGGAUGCCAAUCGGGAGGCCGGGGCCCACUCCCCCCCAGCCCUCCAGAACUUGUUCCCCCACCCAGCGUGCCUCAGCCCCCUGGAGCUGAGUGA